AUGACUGGUAACGUAGAGAGCGGCGUUCUUGAUCUCCUCAUCAUUGGCGCAGGCGUAUACGGCAUCUGCGCAGCAAGCACGUACCUCGCGCUACAUCCAGAAUCUAAGCUCAUCGUACUUGAUGAGGAUGAGGAUGUCGGAGGCGUCUGGAGCCGGAGCAGACACUACCCACUCUUCUGGUCGCAGUCUGGCGUGCGGGUGAGCGGCUUCCCAGAUGUUCCGUUCAGGCCGCCAGCGGAUGCAGAGCGAUUCUAUGACCUGCCAGAAGCACGGUCGCUCGGGCAGUACCUGCACGAUUAUGUUGACAUGAAGGUGUAUGACGGACAGUCGUUGAGGGAAAGGUUUGCUUUUCGCGCCACCGUUAAGGAUGUCAGGAAGGCUGAGGAUGGCUUAUGGAGGGUUACGGCUGAGCAAGAUAGUACUGAACUAAGGUACAUGGCGACGAAGGUGAUUGUGGCUACUGGGCUCACAAGUCUACCUAACAUGCCCAACCUACCUGGCAGGGAGACUUUCCAGGGUUUGGUUGUCCACCAGAAAGAUAUCGGUCGCUCACGCAUCCUGACCCCAGAGGAGCCGGAUAUAGAGAAGCACGAGCAUGUGACGAUCUACGGUGGAGGGAAAUCCGCCGCUGAUCUCGCUUACGCUGCGGCAACCGACACCCUUCGCCAUCGCAAGGUCACUUGGGUCAUUCGCUCCUCCGGCUCCGGGCCUUUAUCCGUCAGUCAUCCCAAGCCUCCCGUCCCCGGCUACCGCAAUGUCACCGAGCUGGCCUGUACCCGAGCCAUCGCCGCUCUGAGCUCUGCGAAUCCAUACCUCCCAGAAAGUAGCUGGCGCGAGUGGCUAUGGAACUCCGCCGUAGGAGAGUGGCUUUUGAAUAAGAUCUGGACGUCAACAGAGACUAAGGUCGUGUCCGCAGCCGACUUUGUUGGUCGAGAAGGCAAGUUGCCUGGCUUUGAAGGCCUGCAGCCGACCGGCUCAGCGAGGUGGUUGACUAGUCCGAUUGGCCUGUUGCAAAGGGAUGAUUGGUGGGACGUCAUUGCAAGGAAGGUUCAGGUCUGCAGGGGAGAAAUCGCCAGACUAGAGCCGGACCAUCUCGUGUUGAACGAUGGAAGGGUCGUAAGCACCGACGUACUCAUAUGCGCAACAGGUUGGAAGCAAGAGUUCCCGUUCUUUUCGGCAAAAGAAGCCGCGAGACUGGGCUUGCCCAUACCGCUUAACGAGACAAAGCUAGUCGACGACGAGCGACAGUUGUGGCGUGCGGAAGACAGCGAGGCAGAGAAGAGGGUGCUGGCGAGAUGGCCAUAUUUGGCUCAAGUUCUAAAAGUAAAGGCUAAUGAGGUCCGAGCUACUCCAUACCGCCUCUACCGAUACACGAUCCCACUUCACGAUCACUCCAUCGCUUUCCUCGGGACGGCAGCGGUGCCGAACGCUUACCACACUGCAGUGGUCCAGUCCCUGCUCGCUAUUGCUCACCUUGACGGUAACCUCAAGCUUCCUACGGAGGCGGAGAUGGCCGACGAUAUCGCCUUCGUUAACGCUUGGUCCCGCAUCCGGUAUCCUUUGAUAGGCCAUCCAGGAAAUGUACUGAACUUCGAGAUGCUAUCGUUCACCGAUAUUGUGCUGGACCAGCUCGGUUUGAGCAGUCAUCGAUUGCCGGCGGAGACGAGAAAGAGGUGGACCGGAUGGUGGCAGGAUUUGACGCAGCCGUCUUUGGCCGCGGACUAUGCGGGCUUAAUCGAUGAAUAUCGCAAGAAGUACCACCAGAGUGGGACAAGAGCCAGCUGA